UUCUCUGUAAUGUGUGUUGUUUUAAGUGGUAUAGUAAUGCUCGUUGUUAUCCAUUCUUGAAUUUUCUAAUCUAUCAAUCCUUUCCACUUGAAGUAUUCCUGUAUCUAAAUGGAAUUAGUUGAGAUUGAAGCCCCUUGUAAAAGGAACAGACAUGGUACAUGGGCACAGUUUGCUUCACGUUGUUGCAAGUCUCAUCAUACUUGGGUUGUCUGGGGCAACAAAGAAGGGGACAGAAAAAGCAAACAUCCCAGGAGCAGCUCAAUGUGGCACCUGGAUAAAGAAUCCAGAAGGGGGCAUUUUCACUUCACCCAACUACCCCAACAAAUACCCUCCAGAGAAAGAGUGCAUUUACAUCAUUGAAGCUGCACCUAGGCAAUGCAUUGACCUGUUCUUUGCUGAACAAUAUUCCAUUGAGCCUUCAUGGGAAUGUAAAUUUGAUCACAUUGAGGUUCGAGACGGACCAUUUGGCUUUUCUCCAAUUAUUGGACGCUACUGUGGCCAACAAAGUCCACCAUUUAUCAAAUCCAGUGGCCGAUAUCUUUGGAUAAAGUUUUUCUCUGACGGAGAAUUGGAGGCGAUUGGAUUUUCCGCAACAUACAAUUUCGUACCAGACCCUGAUUUCAAAGACCUUGGGGCUCUAAAACCUUUGCCAAUUUGUGAGUUUGAAAUGGGAGGACCUGAGGGUAUUGUGGAAUCUCAGCAAAUCACAAAAGAAGGGAAAGCCUUAGAAACAGAGGCGGUUGACUGUAAAUGGUAUAUCCGAGCGCCACCAAGGUCCAAGAUCUAUUUGCGGUUCUUGGACUAUGAGGUGCAGAACUCUAAUGAGUGCAAGCGGAAUUUUGUGGCUGUCUAUGAUGGGAGCAGCUCUGUGGAAGACCUGAAAGCCAAGUUCUGCAGCACUGUGGCGAAUGAUGUGAUGCUGCUGACAGGGCUGGGGGUUAUCCGCAUGUGGGCUGAUGAAGGCAGCCGCAACAGCCAUUUCCAGAUUCUUUUCACAUCUUUCCAAGAACCUCCCUGUGAAGCCGAUGCAUUCUUUUGCCACAGUAACAUGUGCAUCAAUAACACUUUGGUCUGUAAUGGAGUUCAGAACUGUGUGUACCCGUGGGAUGAAAACCAUUGCAAAGAAAAGAGAAAAGCUAACCUGCUGGACAACCUCACAAACACCAGCGGGACUAUAAUAGGAGUAACCUCUUGCAUUGUCAUUAUCCUUCUUGUUGUAUCUGUUAUAGUUCAAAUCAAACAGCCUCGCAAAAAAUUCAUCCAAAGGAACGAAGACUGUGACCAAACGGUGUUUCAGGAGGUGUUUGAGCCCCCGCACUACGAACUCUGCACUCUCAGAGGGACGGGGGCCUCUGCUGAUUUGAUGGACAUUGCCGAUGACUUUGAGAACUACCAUAAACUGAGACGGUCUUCGUCGAAAUGCAUUCACGACCACCACUGUGGAUCUCAGAUUUCCAGCACCAAGGGUAGCCGCAGUAACCUUAGCACUCGGGAUGCUGCUGUCUUAACUGAAAUACAGCCCCAACCUGUAAGGCCUCUUAUCCCACCCACUAACAGGAGGAGCAUUCUGGUGAUGAAGCACAGCUACUCACAGGACACAGCGGAUGGAUGCGAUCUGGAUGAAAUCCAAGAGGUGCCCACGACAAGUCACAGGAUCUCCAGGCACGAUAAAGCAGUCCAGCGACUGCUUGAGAAUAGUGCAUUCGUCCUGGAUGAUUUCGAGCAAGCUUCAAUGAAAUAUGAAAAUAUGGACCGGGAGUAUACACCAGCAUGAUGUUUUAUGGACUUUUCUUAGUGGAAUAUUUUCAUAGUAUUCUAUAAUAUUAUAACAAUACAAUUUACUCCAGUAAGAAUGGCAAUAAGAACCUAUGACAUUUUAAAGUGAGAACUUAAAAUUCAGGACAGAAACUUGAAUUCAGGUAUUUUGCCUUGAUUGUCACUUAUUUGUUUUUAUAUACCUGUAGUAUUAUGUUGAUCACAAUGAAGAACAAGUAAUAUAACAGCUUCAUAUUUUGAUUAAGUAGACUGCUAAAUGGAAAUGUGUGACAAAAAAGACAACUUUUAAUAGUUGGAAAAAGAAAGUAUUAUUUAAUGUUUAUUAGCUAAAAAAAUAAAACUUGUUAAAAGCAUGCAAUUCAUAUUCCUGUUCUGUGCACCUAGGUAUAUAUUAUAUUUUGUGUCCAAUGCCUGUUACCUGUAUAUUUCUAUGAAAUAUCUUACACUAAUAACUAUUAAUUACUAUACCUAUUUCUUUCAUAUAUUUUAAGUUGCUAGGCAAUAUAGCAUCAACUUUUAGGGCACUUUUAAUAAGAUUCUCACACAAGCAUUGCUGAACAUGCAUUGCAUUUUAACAUAUAUACUAUUCUACAUGAAAGAAGACCGUGUCCAUAUCAAAAUGAAAAAAAAAAGUGUCUGCUAAGAAAAGAAAGAAACCAUUCAAAUGCAUGCUAAUAGCUGAUCCAGCCAAAUUCCAAAUAUAAUGCAAUAACACACCCUUAUCUUCUACCACUAUUCAGAGUGACAGUAUUUUACUGAGACGCAAAACUCAAAGCAUACUGUA